AUGGCGCUUCGCACAAUCUCCGCGAAAAGCGCAGCAGCGCUCGACCAAGAGCUCAUGUCCACCGGCGCAUUUUCCAUCGACCAGUUGAUGGAACUCGCUGGCCUCAGUGUCUCACAGGCACUCUUCAAGCUCCAGCCUCUCAACAAGGGCAAGAGGAUCUUGGUUGCAUGCGGCCCAGGAAACAAUGGAGGUGACGGGCUCGUUGCUGCACGUCACCUUUUCCACUACGGAUACCAACCGACCAUUUACUACCCCAAGCAGAGCAAGAAUGAGCUUUACCAACGACUGAAGAAGCAACUGGAGGACUUAAAGGUUCCAUUCACAGAGGAUUUCAACAGCGCACUACAACAAACCGACCAUGUCGUCGACGCCAUCUUCGGCUUCUCGUUUUCUGGCGAAGUUCGUGAGCCCUUUCCCAAAGUGAUCGACGCUUUGGCAUCAACCAGGGUUCCUGUCCUCGCGGUCGAUGCUCCUUCGUCAUGGGACAUCGAGGACGGACCGAGGGAGGAUGGACCAGGCAAGGGAUUCAUGCCGCCGGCUCUCAUCAGCUUGACGGCUCCUAAGCCGCUGGUAAAGUGGUUCAAGGGAAGGCAUUUCUUGGGAGGACGUUUCUUGAGCCCGGCGAUGGCGGAGAAGUUUGGGCUGGAUAUCCCAAAGUACGAAGGGCUGGAUCAGGUGGUUGAAGUACCUGUGGAGAGCGAAAAACUGUGA